AUGGACAUCGCCGAGGAUAUUAUGAUGGAAAGAAUUGCCAAAAUACGUAAUAGCUACGUGUCACCAACGUUUCAACGCGAGGAUUCGGAUUCUCCAUUGGCGAUGCACGAGGAUGAGAUCGAGAGGGAGAAGGAGGCAAGAGCUGCCGCCGCAAAGGCUGCUGCUGAGGCUGCAGCCGCUGCAAAAGCUGCUGUAGAAGCUGGAGAGACUCUCACCAUCUCUACUCCAGCUGGUUCAUCAUCCGUCGAGUCCACUCCGCACUCAACUGCUGACGCAACCAUUGCCACUAGCCCAGAAACCGACACCCCAGCUCCACCAACCUACGCUGAAGACGUCGCCGUCCCCGCCGCUCCAGAAUCCUCUCCACCACCACCAAUGUUCAUUCGUCACCCGGAUGGAACUGAGGAGGUUAACCCGGAAGCUUAUAUUCGUCGUGGAUACGGAUGGGACGGAGCUCAUCGUCAGCAAUGGGCGGAUCAGUUGGCAAGAGGACACGAUUAUGACAGUAUCCCGGAUCCAGAGAUCCCAAAUUAUCGUGCAAGACCACGCAGUCGCUCGAACUCCGACUCGCCAUUGGCAAAGAGAGCUCGCUCUGAUUCUGAGGGAUCUGAAUCUGGAUCCAAGACUCCAGAUUCACAGAGAUACUCUCCAAAUUCUCCACUUCCUUAUAGUGGAACUCCAUCACCAACUUCUCAAGAGACUCCAGUUGCUGAGGACGAAGAGGAGGAGGAAGAGGAAGGACAACAAGAAGAGGGCACUGAGGAGGAAAACCAUUAA